GUGAACAAAGAUGGCGGCGGCGGUCGCUCAUUCCGCUAGAGCAGAAACAACUGCUUCUUUAGCCUCAAGCUUUGAAAACCUUAAUCUAAAAAUCAAAGCAAAGCCUAAAGAAGGGAAUGAUCCGCUAAAAGUUCUUGAUCCUGUUAGGAAAAAGCUCACCUCAGUCGAAGCACAACGAGUCGUCGCUGUUGCUGAUGAAACUAUUCGAAGAAUCGAGGUCGUCACUUUGCUUCCGUACAUUACUGAAAAUCUCGACCGCUUCUCUGUUAUUUUAGGAUCAGACUUGUGUUCUGUAUUAAGGGAACACGAUAGAUUACAAGAUGCUUACAGAAAGGGUCUGGCACGAUAUGAGUUGGAGCAAAAACGUAAUCGUUCAACAACACCACAACAAAUCAGAUUUCAAACUCCUGGUUCAUCAAGAAAGUCGAGUCUCGCUUCUGAAGACAUAAAUGAAAAAGAGCAUGACCUUCCCAUAACGGAGGCUGCCAAAACAAGCCGUCAUAGUUCUUUAGCAAGUGGUAGUGGAAUUUCACAGAAGGAAGAUUUGACAAAAGACCGCGACAGUGAUGGUAGUGAAGUCGAUGUUGAUAGACUUCAACAUUUGGGUGUCCUUGUACAAAACUCUAUUAGGACUGUCCUUCGAAUGUUUUCUACCAACCCUACAGCUAUAACAGCCUUGAAGAAAGAAAGAAGAGAGCGCUCUGUGGAAGCUAACUCAAUGAUUGAUGAACUUUUAAUCCUGCGUGCGAUUUUGUUUGAGAGACUACUGACAACACCAAGUGAGGUUAAGGAUAGAAGUUUCUAUUUGAAGACCGUGAUGGAAAGAGAAAAAAAGUCGAGAGCCAUUGCUAACAAACUACAGGAAGAACUACAGAAAGCUGUUGAUGAUAAAGACAAUGAGAUUUCAAAAAGGAAUGAGAUGAUCCGCAAACUCAAGAAUGAUAUAUACACAAUAGAUAGCAAUUCAGAGGAACAGAACAGAAGGGUUGUCAAUGAGGCAAGCAAACAGGAGACAGCUGAAAUGAAGAACUCUGACGGAAAGAAAUCAAAACUACAGCAAGAAAUAAUUGAACAGAAAAAGAAGCUUGAUACUGAAAGAGCAGCUCACAGAGCUAGUGAACUUGCUCUUAGGAAGCGCAAGUACAAAAUUGAAACUGAAGUAGAAAACUGGAUCCAAAAGUUUGACAGCGAUAUGGGAGAACGCCAGGAUGAGUUUGAUGCUUUAGAUGUUGUUUACACUGAAGAAAAGAAACAGCUACAAGAACUCGAGGAACGAUUCAAAACCCUUGAAAAAGAAUACCUUCAAAUCGUUGAAGAAAGGAGGAUAGCCAAAGAGAGAGCUGAAGCCGCCGAACGUGAGCUGAAUAUGAAGAUUCGCGCCGCUAGACUCAUCCAAGCAAUGUGGCGCGCACACAAGGCGAGAAAAGCACUACAGAAGAAGAAGAAGAAAGGAAAGAAAGGCAAAAAAGGGAAGAAAAGUGGAAAAGGGAAGAAAAAAUAGAAGGUCGAUAUUCUUGGCGCCAAAAAUUUACUCUGGUCGUGUUUAUCGUAAAACACGUCGGGAAGAAAUUUUUAUCGCCGAAUUACUGUAUAGUAUGAAGUUUUUCCUUCUAAGAUUCUUAAAUACUGAGCGUACUUGAGAAUAUCACUGGGCUCUCUUACUCUCAACUGGCUUUUUAAUCGAAGAAUCGUGAUUGGAUAAGGCCCGUUUUCUCAGACUUUGAUUGGUUCUGACUGAAAGCCAUUCCUAUGUCAUACCAUAAAGAAAAAUGACCAGUACUGACGAAAUUCUCUACUGGAUGUAAAAAAAAUCGAUGUAACGAUUGGUUCGUAUUUUAUAGUUUCGCGGUAGAACACUAUAAGAACGAGAAUGAAAAACAUGAAAUAUCUUGUUUAGAAUGUUAGAAUAACGUAUCAUAAAAAUAGCCUUGUAAAAUUAGUAGGUCAAGCAGUGUGUAUUAAAAUUUUAAGAAAUAUUUUUUCAUGAUGCGCAAAACGUUUUUUACCAGUGCAAAGAAAUAGUGGAACAUGUUGGUACUAAAGUUGAUGGUGGUCAACUGAUGCAUGAUGCAUGGUACUGUCAAUGAUGAUGAUAAUGGGGGUCGAUGGAAGGCAAUGAUGAUAUGGAUGAUGAUGGUGAUGAUGAUGAUGGCAAUGACUAUAAUGG